AUGCCGACCUAUCUCGUCACACAGGCCACUGGUCAACAGAGCCAAUGGGUCAUCGAGCACCUCCUUAAAGCCGGCCACAAGAUCCACGCUGUCGUCCGCAACAUCGAAAAGAUCCCAGCCCUGCUAACUGACCCGAAAAUCACUCUCUUCCAGGGAGAGAGCAAGAACCUCGACGAUAUCUUCGAAGCUGCACAGGGAUGUCAAGCCGCUUUUCUCAACACAGUUUCCUUCCCUGGUCUGGAACUUCUCCAGGCCAAGACAAUUGUUGAAGCUUGCGAGAAGGCUGCCGUUAAAAAUCUCGUUGCCGCUACCGUCAUUUGUGCUGACAGGAAGGAUAUCUGGGAUAACGACAAUGUCAAAGCUAUUCCUCAUCUCCAUGGAUACUAUACUUGCAAAUAUGAAGUCGAGAAUACUGUUCGCGCAGGGAAAUUCGAAUCAUACACAAUUCUUCGGCCCGCACUUAUCCACUAUGACGUUCUUAUCCCAGGCGUCUACAAUAACUUUCCUCGUCUCCCAACAGACGGAGAAAUAGAUGAUCUUCUUAUUGGUGGUGCCAAGUUUCCUUACACUGAUGCUCAUGACGUGGGGAAGUACGCUGCUGCGGUCCUGCAGGACCCUGCCAGAUUCCGAGGCCAGGAAAUUGAUCUUGGAAAUGAACUGCUUGACUUUGAGGAGGUUAGGGAUAUACUGGUCAAGGUCAGCGGUAAGGAAGUCGGGAUCGUGAAGCGCACUCCUGAGGAGGUGGAGAACUUGGGUAUCGGUGUUCAUGGCCAUAUGUUUCAGCAUUUUGCCAACAUGAAGCCUUUUGGCUUUAUUGAAGGAGGAGCCAAAGAGGUUCAGGACAAGUUUGGUAUUCCUUUUACUUCACUUGAAGACGCGCUGCGAAGGGAUAAGGUUAGGUUCCUGGAGUGUAUUCCAGCCAAGAAGGAGACUAAAUGA